AUGUUUAACCUCUUGCUUCUAGCCUGUAUUGUUGCAGGCGUGAUCUGGUUUCUCGCAACACCUUUGCGGACAGGACUAUGGCGCUUUCCAGGACCAUGGUAUCGUCGGUGUACAGAUCUAUUUCAGGUGCUCGACACAUACCAUGAGCGAACACGUCUGGCUAUCGCGGAACUGCACAGGGUGUAUGGCCCUGUGGUCCAAAUUGGUCCACGCACCCUCAUUUUCUGCGACCCGGCCAUGGUUGACGAAGUGUAUGGCACCAGGUCACCACUUCCUAAAAGCCAUCACUUUAAGCCAUUGCGACAUGAGCUCAACGGGGUUGUUUAUCCGAAUAUCGUGGUAAUGGAGACGACCAGAGAACAUGCGGCUAUUAAACGACCGAUUGCGGGCAUCUAUUCCAUGUCUAAUGUCACGAAGUCGGAACGUUUCAUCGACGAGUGCAUCCUUCAGUUCGUCCACCAGCUCGACCAGGAGUUCAACAGCAAAGGGAGGACGAUGCCCGUUUAUCAAUGGGCGCACUUUUUUGCGUACGAUACGAUAAUGAGGGUUACCGCAUCCGUGGACUUCGGACUUAUUCGAGGUGAAGCUGAUCGAGAGGGCAUGUUCAAGGGCCUACAUGAAGCUCAAAAAUUCGGAGCCACGGAUGUCUGCAUGCCUUGGAUGUACGCAGUUCUCAAGAGGACCCCACUGGCCAGUAUGAUGGUUAAACGCAUGGGGUCCUUCCCACGUCGAGCACGCGAACUAAUCCAAAGCAGGAGGGCGAUGGGGGUAUCGACAACAAGGACCAGUGACCGUGAGGACCUCCUUGACCAGCUCCUCGAGACGAAGGAGAAGUUUCCAUAG